AUGCUGGACAUGGGAGAUAGGAAAGAGGUGAAAAUGAUCCCCAAGUCCUCGUUCAGCAUCAACAGCCUGGUGCCCGAGGCCGUCCAGAACGACAACCACCACGCGAGCCACGGCCACCACAACAGCCACCACCCCCAGCACCACCACCACCACCACCACCAUCACCACCACCCGCCGCCGCCCGCCCCGCAACCGCCGCCGCCGCCGCAGCAGCAGCCGCCGCCGCCGCCGCCCUCGGCACCGCAGGCCCCCCAGGCGCGGGGCGCCCCGGCCGCCGACGAAGACAAGGGCCCCCAGCAACUGCUGCUCCCGCCGCCGCCGCCGCCGCCGCCACCGGCCGCUGCCCUGGACGGGGCCAAAGCGGACGGGCUGGGCGGCAAGGGCGAGCCAGGCGGCGGGCCCGGGGAGCUGGCGCCCGUCGGGCCGGACGAGAAGGAGAAAGGCGCUGGUGCCGGGGGGGAGGAGAAGAAGGGGGCGGGCGAGGGCGGCAAGGACGGGGAGGGGGGCAAGGAGGGCGAGAAGAAGAACGGCAAGUACGAGAAGCCGCCCUUCAGCUACAACGCGCUCAUCAUGAUGGCCAUCCGGCAGAGCCCCGAGAAGCGCCUCACGCUCAACGGCAUCUACGAGUUCAUCAUGAAGAACUUCCCCUACUACCGCGAGAACAAGCAGGGCUGGCAGAACUCCAUCCGCCACAACCUGUCCCUCAACAAGUGCUUCGUGAAGGUGCCGCGCCACUACGACGACCCGGGCAAGGGCAACUACUGGAUGCUGGACCCGUCGAGCGACGACGUGUUCAUCGGCGGCACCACGGGCAAGCUGCGGCGCCGCUCCACCACGUCGCGGGCCAAGCUGGCCUUCAAGCGCGGGGCGCGCCUCACCUCCACCGGCCUCACCUUCAUGGACCGCGCCGGCUCCCUCUACUGGCCCAUGUCGCCCUUCCUGUCCCUGCACCACCCCCGCGCCAGCAGCACUUUGAGUUACAAUGGUACCACGUCGGCCUACCCCAGCCACCCCAUGCCCUACAGCUCCGUGUUGACUCAGAACUCGCUGGGCAACAACCACUCCUUCUCCACGGCCAACGGCCUGAGCGUGGACCGGCUGGUCAACGGGGAGAUCCCGUACGCCACGCACCACCUCACGGCCGCUGCGCUCGCCGCCUCGGUGCCCUGCGGCCUGUCGGUGCCCUGCUCCGGGACCUACUCCCUCAACCCCUGCUCGGUCAACCUGCUCGCGGGCCAGACCAGUUACUUUUUCCCCCACGUCCCGCACCCGUCAAUGACUUCGCAGAGCAGCACGUCCAUGAGCGCCCGGGCCGCGUCCUCCUCCACGUCGCCGCAAGCCCCCUCGACCCUGCCCUGUGAGUCUUUAAGACCCUCUUUGCCAAGUUUUACGACGGGACUGUCCGGGGGACUGUCUGAUUAUUUCACACAUCAAAAUCAGGGGUCUUCUUCCAACCCUUUAAUACAUUAA